AUGUUUCAACCAGCACCACCACCUCCAACUAUUUUGGGACGAUAUCGUUUAUUGUCCCCGACAGCAGCUGUUCGAGUGUCUCCAUUAUGUUUAGGUGCUAUGUCUAUUGGUGAUGAAUGGAAUGAAUUCAUGGGUACAAAUUCCAAAGAAAAUUCAUUCAAAAUUCUUGAUGCUUUUUAUGAAGCUGGUGGAAAUUUUAUUGAUACUGCGAGCAAUUAUCAAAAUGAACAGAGUGAAACAUGGUUAGGAGAAUGGAUGGCAAAACGAAAAAAUCGUAGUCAAAUGAUUAUUGCAACAAAGUUUACAACUGGAUAUCGAUCAGAUUGGAAAGAAGAACCGAUUCAUGUCAAUUUUGCAGGAAAUUCAGCAAAAUGUUUACAUGAAAGUGUUAAUGCUUCUUUAAAAAAACUUCAAACUGAUUACAUUGAUCUUCUUUAUGUACAUUGGUGGGAUUAUACAUGUUCAAUUGCUGAACUGAUGCAAUCUCUUAAUCAUUUGGUUACAUCAGGUAAAGUAAUUUAUUUGGGAAUAAGUGAUACACCUGCAUGGAUUGUUGCAAAAGCAAAUCAAUAUGCAAGAGAGCAUGGUCUUCGGCAAUUUUCAGUUUAUCAAGGAUUGUACAAUGCUGCUGUAAGAGAUGCUGAAAGAGAGAUUCUUCCAAUGAUUCGAGAUGAGGGAAUGGGUUUUGCACCAUGGGGAGCUUUAGGUGGAGGAAAAUUCAAAACAAAAGAACAAAUAACAGCAAUGGAAAAGGAAGGUGAUAAAGGGCGAUCAUUUUCUGGUAUUCUACAAGGUCCAAGCAAAGAUGAUCAAGCAGUGACUGCUGUUUUGGAGCAAAUUGGCAAAUCGAAAAAUGUUUCACUUACACAAAUUGCUUUAUCUUAUGUAAUGGCAAAACAACCAUAUAUUUUUCCUAUUAUUGGUAUUAGAAAAUUGGAACAUUUACAAGAUUCUAUAAAUGCAUUAAAUAUACGAUUAACCAAAGAAGAGAUUAAACAAAUUGAAGAUGCAUACAAUUUUCAACUUGGUUUUCCUCAUAAUUUUAUAGGAUUAAAUCCAAGUCAAAGUUGGGGUUUACAUUUCAAUGAACGAUAUAUUUUACGUAUUACUGAUAAGAGUAACGUUUUUCAUAUUGGUAAAAAGAUUGAUUAUGAGAAAAAAGUCGAAAAAUAUCAAAAAGAUACUGAUGCUUACAUUGAAUUAUCAUCAGAUCCUUUAUUAGAACAAUUUUAUAAAGUUGUCCGUCUAUUAAAUGAUUUAAAUAGUAGUAAACAAAUUACACAACGGCAAUAUAAAAAAAUGAUGCCUGAUCAAAAGAAAAUCUUUAUGAAAAAUGCACCAACAACAGGUGUAUCAAAGAUAUUAGAUCUAUUAAUUCGACCAUUAUUUGAAGAUGCUAAAAUAUUUCAUCCAAAUAUUAAAUUCAACUAUGAAAUUGAUAGUUCCGUUUCAUUCCUCGAUCUUCAUAUAAAAAAUCAACAUGAAAAUUCCAUUACAUCAGUUCAUCAUAGACCAUCAGCUGAACCUUCUACUGUACAAUUCAAAUCUGAUCAUCCACGUCAUAUAUUUAAGAUAAUUAUUAAAGGUACACUCCUUCGAGCUAUCCGUUAUUUAUUAGCAUUAAACGAAUUUAAUUGUGAAUGA